UUUACCUUUAUUUAUAGAAACAUGCAUUAUAUCCGGUUUGUGAGUGUCUGUUUUGUUAUAUCGUGUGCGGUGAUUUUGUUGGGGUUUGGAUAUUAUGGUACAUGUCAAGAGGUGGAAUGAAAAUAGAACCGGGAUGGUUUUCCCCUUUUAAUUCAUAGACAUAAAUUAUGAAAAUAUACCGAGUGAUGUAUAUAGUCUGUGUUCCAUCUAAGACCUACGAACAUAUUACAGUAGCCUGUACAACCAUGAAACAGAUAACAACAACAACAACAACAACAACAAAAAAGCUCACCAUGUGUGACAUCAAAGCGGAGUUGGAUUCACAUAGUGAUGCUGAAUCCACAUCGCUGAUUAGUGAUGAGGAGAAUGUUGACAGAACUUCCACGACGAUCCCAAUAAUGAAGUGUGAAGCAGAGCUUAACGUUGAAGAAAACAGUGAUGAAUCAGACUCGGACAGUGAUCAUUUCUUGAUGUCAUCAUUCAGUGAAGCUCAGCUGAUGGAAGUGAAGAAUGAAAGCAAGGAGGUGGAGCCAUGGAAUUUUGUUACAGUCAAGGAAGAGUACAAGGAGGUGGAAGAAGAAACAGCAACGGAAGCGGCAGUGAGUGUGGGCAGUGUGAAACGUUUUACGAGUCAACAAGAAGUUCCUGUUGCUGAGAAUUCUCUUUCCUCAGAGCCUGAAUACUGUCUUGGCAAGGAAACUGAUAUUCCUAAUGAGAAUAGCAAUUCCAUGAACAGUUCUAAAUUAACAACUAGUGAAAUACAAAAAAGCAAUUUUCGUAAAACCAGAAAAGGUAGAAUCUAUAAAUGUGAAAUUUGUAAUAAGCAUUUUUCAAGCCAUCACAAUAGGAAACAACAUAUGUUCAUCCAUACAGGAGAAAAGGCUUUCGGUUGUGACAAGUGUGAUCUGAAGUUUGCACAAAAAGGAAACUUGAAGCAACACUAUCGUAUUCAUACAGGGGAAAAACCAUACAAGUGUACCCUCUGCAGUAAAGUGUUCUCCCAGCAUUCAAAUUUAAUGGGUCACAAACGUAGUCAUUCUGGAGAAAAGCCAUAUGGAUGUGUUAUAUGUAAUAAACAAUUCGCUGGCCGAGGUUAUCUAAAGCAACAUUAUAGAAUACACACUGGUGAGAAACCAUUCAAAUGUGACGUAUGUUUUAAGAAUUUCAGAAGGAAAGGAGACUUAAAUUGUCAUAAACGAAUCCACACAUGUGACAACCCUAUUAAAUGUGAAACGUGUUUGAAAGUGUUCCCUCGCAUUGCUGAUCUUGUGCGGCAUAUGCGCUGCCACACUGGAGAGAAACCGUAUGAAUGUGACGUAUGUUUAAAGAAAUUUUCUGCUAAUGGAAAUCUCAAGGAACAUUACCGAAUGCAUACUGGAGAAAAGCCAUAUACAUGUGACGUAUGUAAUAAAUCAUUCUUUAGAAGUGGAGAGUGUUCCCGACACAGACGCAGACACUUUGCACAGAAAUCGAAGUAGUAUGAUCACCUGAAAUGCAAGAUUUUAUGAACAUUUUCCCAGUGUGCUGAGGAAGUCUUUGAGCACACUCAUACUGUGUUAAGUACUUCUACAUUUUCUUCUAGACUUUUGAACUGUAUAUUAUACAAGGGAAAUGUGUAAAGGAUCACUAUAGUAUGUGUAUGCCAGAUUCGAGUAUCUUAGAAUUAUGGUCUCAAUUAUGUCUCUUGUACCAGUCUUAAUAAUGAUACAUUGCCAUAGAACACACGUGAAAUUAUAAUUAUUAGUAGAAACCUGUCCCAUGAGCACUUUCUGUACUGUAACUCUCAUGAAGUGCUUGGGGAACGAGAAGCUUAUGUGGUGCAAAGCAGGGUAUUUACCAUCUGAACUGCUGUAUGGCUUAAUAUUAAUGUUGGUUUAAAUAUGAUUGUAGCAUAGAAGUGUUAAACAUAAAUUAAAAACAGGAUGGAAUAUAUCAUCAUCAUCAUCAGCAGCAGCAGCAGUAAUCUGUCA